GUCAACUGAUAAGUUCCCAUCGUGAGAGUUUAAGCUACAAUAAUGCGCCUUAAAACAGUUUUAACCGUCUUUUUUGUCAUAUCGCUGACUCUGGUUGCUGGUCAAGAUCGGGACUGUGACGAAUUGGCAAGGAAAUGUGAAUCCUGUGUGAGGCGUCUAAAUAAUUCAAUCGAUCGCGAUUUACCCCUGUUCAAUAGGGAGUGCAGGCAAAGGACCGAAUUAUCUUGGCGCUGGAGGAACGUCGGACGCUGUGAGCUCUCCAAACUAAACUGCUUGGGUUGGCAAUCACCCAUGAACUGUGAAGACAUUGCUUUGAGAGCUGGUAUGGAACGCAGGCGUACUUAA